UUGUCAUACAAAUCACUUUUGUACAGGCUUGUCUUUAUUCAUCUUUAUUUUAUAUUUUAUUGAUUUAUGAUGAAAUAUUUUAAUAUCAAAACCGUGACCCCUCUGAGAAUGUUAGGCAUGUUAUUCCUAGCCGCGACUUUUCUUAGUAUAUCGAACUAUAUUUUUUAUUGGAUAUACGCACCGUUCUUUAAAACAAGCUGUUUACGGAGAUCCGCCAGUGCAGUAGAGGCAUACACUACAUUAAGUUUCGACGGGUUCAAAGGCAAUUUAUUGUGCGAUACAUCAACUAUAGCAUCGAGCGGUUCUCGCAAAGAAUCGAGCACUAAUCCACUACUAAACGAAGCCAAUGACGAGAAUUCUGAAGGAAUGUUCACGUAUUAUGCAAUCAAAGAGAAGAAAUAUCCUAUGUGUCCCGAAACACCGCCAGAUCUUGGGCCCGUGUUAAACGACCCCUCCAUGGAUGCUAUGAAGUCAUUUGAUAGGAUGUACACAGAUGUGAAAAUCGGUGGAAUAUACAGACCACCGAAUUGCACUGCGCGUCAAAGCGUCGCUAUAUUGGUGCCUUACAGGUCGUGCAAGAGAGGUACUAACAUAAAACACCUGGGUACAUUCCUGUACAUGUUGCAUCCAUUCCUGAUGAAACAGCAGUUAGACUACCAAGUGUUUGUCAUUGAACAAGCUAAUCUCUCUCAACGCUUUAAUCACGGGAAACUUCUUAAUGCGGGAUUCACGGAGGUGCACCGGCGUCGAAACUACGACACUCGCUUCCCUUGCGUGAUUAUUCACGAACCGUACAUAGUGCCUAUGAACACUAGGAACCUAUAUCGAUGUACUAGAUACCCGAAGCAGUUGGCAGUCAGUGUUGAUAGACCUCAUAAAAAACCGUACAUACCGAAAUUCGGUGGCGCGUUUGCUAUAUCGACUGAACAAUUCAUUGGAAUAAAUGGUUUCUCAAACACGUACUGGGGAAGUGACGGAGAUUACGAAGAUAUCUAUAACAGGUUGACAAAUGCUAAUUAUACAAUAAACAGGAGUGAACGUGGGAUUGGAAAAUAUACGACAAUCAAGAAUUUCGAACUUCCAGUUGUAAGAAGUUCUUCCGUGGCGAAGACGCUGGCACCACUCCAUCUCAUCGACGGUUUAACAACUCUUUCGUACACAGUUAAUAAUUAUGAAAUGAAGUACGUUUUUACAUACCUUAAUAUUAGUUUAGAAGUAGAUGAUACAACUAUGAAAAUUCCGUUUAAAAGCGGUAAACCUGAGAAAAACUUUGAACAAUACGAUUGAGAUAAUAUUAAAUAGUUAUAUGUACUUAUCUUACAGUUAUUACUUAAUUGAAUUUUCUCAAUGUUGAUAGUAUUCAUAUUAUUAUCUUUAAAAAGUACAUAUUCUAACAAUUAUCACCGAUUACUUGUAAUUUCUCAAUAAAGUUAUCAUGAAUAUUUA